CGUAGAUAAAGGAAAAUAAAAUGUUUAAAGUUUAUUUAUACCAAAUCGACUCACCUGGGUAAUUGUAGUUUGGAGUGAUCAGUAUAUUUAGGUGUUUGCUUGGUUUCGAACGUGGUUUGUUUUAUUGCAUUUUUUUUUGUUAAUUUUCAUAAGUGUUUUUAUAUAUAAUAAUAAUGGAUACCGCGGUUCCAACAGUAAUUACACCUGAAACAAAAGCUAACAACGACCAAUCCAAGUGGGUAACACCUUUCAAGAAACAGUGUUUCGUGACUGCCGGAGUUUCUCUUAACAUAAUCAGCCAUGGCACAGCGCUGGGCUUCUCUUCUGCUCUCAUACCACAAUUGAGAGAAUCUAAAUUUAUAAUACUUGACGAUUCUUCGACGUCAUGGAUAGUGUCCAUCGUUGGCAUUGGCGUUGUCACCGGGAUAUUAAUCAUUCCUUUUAUUAUCAACAAAAUUGGAAGAAAGCUGAUAAACCUUAUGUCCGCCAUCAUUAUUACCAUAAGCUGGAUAAUUAUAUUCGUAGCAAAGACUGCGUUUACUUUGAUAUUAGCAAGAUGCGUCCAAGGUAUUGGCAAUGGUUUUACAGCCAUCAUUGGACCAAUACUAAUUGGAGAGUAUACUAGUCCACGCAAUAGAGGUGCAUUUUUGGCAACAACGUCUGCAUCUUUUUUUGUAGGAACAGCACUUUCUCAUACAACAGGCUCGUUUCUCUCUUGGCAGAAAUCUGCUUUAAUAUGCGCUUGUAUUAGUUUUAUAGAUAUACUUCUAAUAAUAUGUUCACCGGAAUCUCCAUUAUAUUUAGCAAAGAAUGGAAAGUAUGAUGCAUGUAAAAAUAAUUUCCAUUGGCUUAAAGGCAACGAUGAAGAUGAGGAAUUAGAUAAAAUGUUAAAGAAUGCUAUGAUAGAAAAAGAUUUGUGUAAACAGAUCAAAAUUAAGUCUGGUUAUUUAAAUAAAAUUUUAGAAUAUAUUUUAACAUUAAGAAAAAGAGAGUUCUAUAAGCCCGUUAUUAUUAUGUUCCACCUUUAUACGAUUAAUAUAUGGUGUGGAGUAACUAUACAUGAUGCUUUUGCUAUAGACAUUUUGCAUACAAUUGUAGGUCCAAAUGUUAAUAUUUCAUUAAUUGUAUUUUCCAUGGAUAUCCAAGCAGUUGUGAUAAAUAUUAUAACAAUAGUUUUAAUAAGAAAAUUUAAAAGGAAACGAGUUUUAUUGUUUGCUGUCUCGCUUAACAUUAUUAUGUACUUAUUAAUUGCUAGUUACACAUACUUGAGAGUUCAAAAUAUUUUAUCAUUUCACACUCCUAUUAUUGGUAUAUUUUUGAGUCAUGUACAUUUGAUCUCCACAACAUUAGGAUGUGUUUCAAUACCAAACAUAAUUGCGGGCGAAAUAUUUCCAUUCAAUUACAAAGGCAUCGGUGGAAUGUUUUCUCAAAUAAUAUUCUAUAUAAUUUUGACAGUAUUUUUAAAAAUUACUCCAUAUUUAUUGCGUAUAGUGGGACUAUCAGGCACUUAUUGUAUUACUGCCGCAUUAAUGUGUUACAGUUUAAUUUUUCUAAUUAUCAUGCUGCCAGAAACUAAAGAUAGAACUCUCCAGGAUAUUGAAAAUGAGCUUACAGGUAACAAUAAAAAUGUUAAUACUGAAACAGAACUAAAUAUGCUAAUGUCCUAAAUUAUACUCUUAAUUAUAUAUAAUGAUAAAGUAACUAAUGUACCUUCUAUGGGGAAAUUGCUGUAUAUAUACAGCAAUUUCCCCAUAGAAGGUAUUUAUUAAUCUUAUAAGAUUAAUAAAUAAUAAAACAUUUAUUUUGUGUCAACUGAAUCUUUAUUUAAUGUAUCGAUCAUAUUCCAUAAAAAUCUUAUAUAAAGACAUUUUAGAAAAAAAAAUAUAUAACGUUCUUUUUUUUUCAUAAUACUACCUUCGACAAAAUUAAGGUUUCUGAAUUCGUACCAAGAAUGAUGACUUAGGCUAUAGUCUAUCUUUGGAUAAUGAAAUUAGUAAUGAUAUUGUAAAUCUAUAAAAUCAAUGCAAUUUUAAAUUUAAAAUUGCAAAUUAAAAGCUACUAUCUACAGUUUUAAAUUACUAUUAUUUUGACAUAAAUUUAAUUAAAUUAGGAAACUCGCCCUCAUAAAUGUACACAUUGAAAAUUGAAAAGCAAGAAACAGUGGAAAAUUUUCAAUUAAAUUACCAUUUCACAGAUAUUCCCCAUAAAUUCUCAGUUUUAUUUUUUAUUAUAAAUUGAUUUGAACGUUAUAAUGUUACUAAUACUAAAUACAGCUGAUGGCCUGGCAACAUUCUCUAUUGUAAAGUUGCAGUGGUGAACGCGGAAGUACUUAAGUAUUAAGUUUGUUAAUGGUAUAUAAGAGAAAAAUACUCUAAAUGAUUCUUGACAUCAUUGUCUGAAUUUAUUUUAUUAUCA